AUGCACGAGGCUCAAAUCUCAAAAUUGGUGGCUGACCGGAGUGCUGUCCAGCGGGAGCAGACAAUCGGUGGGCUCUACAGUCCUGGGCUCGGGCGGACGGAGACUGGAGGAGUUUACGGAGGGGGAACUGAGUUUAGGGGGAUGAUACAAGGCACAGGUGGUUGCAGGUCAGAGUCUUGGUCUGCUAUCAGUAGCAUUGGUGUAGGAUCAGAAGGUUCUGGUAGCUUAGGAAAGGAGAAGUGGAGUUUCCUGGGAUGUUUGGAAGAGUUGGGGCAGGGAUUACCUGGAGUAGGCUGUUUAAUGAGGCUUUAG